CUGUAUCUCGUCGACCAGGACUGGAACGGCCAGCUUGCCACGACGGCUGUUGCGCAGAUCCUGCUGGAGCAGGAGAUGGACCACACUGUCGCGACCAAGUUCGCGCCCGCCGACUCGGCGCCCCUCUUCAUAGGCCUCGAACGGGGCGAUUUCCAUUUCGUCUGCUGCAACUGGCCUUCCUACAGCGCCGAGCUCCUGGAUGAAUACGUGAACGCUGAAGACGCCGAAGUGGAGCGCAUGGGGACGGUGGGCAUAGUGGGUGAGACCGGCUGGUAUGUUCCUUCCUACGUCAUCAAUGGCGACGCCGACCGCGGCAUCGAAGCAGUGGCGCCCAACCUCCGCACGGUUAGCGACCUGAACCAGUACAAGGACGUUUUCGCCACGAGCGAUACCGGCACUAGUGGCAGACUCCUGGAGUUCACUGCUGCGUGGGACACAAGGCCCGAGGAACGACUUGAGGCCUUCGGCGCCGACUUCCAGGCUGUGUUCGCCGGGUCCGAAGGCGCGGCUCUGGCUGAACUCGACGCCGCCUUCCAAAGGGGUGAUCCCAUCCUCACAUACCUAUGGGAACCCCACUGGGCACAUGCCAAGUACAACCUGGUGCAGAUCGACAUGCCCGCGUGGACUUCGGACUGCUAUCCCGAUGGUGACAGUUUCAACUGCGGCUUCCCAACCGACGGCGUAGCGAAGCUGAUUUGGCCGGGUCUUCAGGACGAGUUCCCAGAGGCAUACGAGUUCCUUUCCAACUUCCAGAUGACCAACGCACAGCAGAACGAGAUCGUCCUCAACCUCACCGAGAACGACCUGACCGUACGCCAGGCCGCGCAGGAGUGGGUUGACGCCAACGAGUCAGUCUGGAGAUCCUGGAUUCCAUAG